CUUUCACUCACUAAGAAUGGAGGCGAUGUAUAGGCUGGUGAAGGAGUACAAGUACGAUGGCGCUACUAUCACAGAUGUUACGCCGGAGAUGGUGAACUUGCAUGUGGCAUGUGGAAAAUGUGGGAAGGGCAUCAUCGUGGUUCUAGAUCUUAAAGAUUUCAAAACGACUGGACCUGAAUCAUGUUGUGAACAACGCUUGAAUAUAAGUGUCAAGCCGCAGUUAGAUGAAGAACAAGCUACUGCGGGAAUCGUCUCUGUUGUAGGAAACUUUAAUAUUCAAGUAAAAGAGAUAAUUGACGACGAUGUGGAGUGGAGUGUUACGUUUCAAGAUGGUAGUUUUUUACGUUUUAGAUCAAAAGAUCAGUCAUGGAAGCCUUCUGGCAGUGAAAAGAAAAUGAAGAAGGUUGUGCGAACGAAGUUCCUACCAAAGAUGGCUAAAGAGAAGAGGAUGAAAGAGAUGGAGAAUGAGAUGGUGGGGUGGGACGAGGAGCAGAAGAAGGCGGAGAUGAUGAAAAGGUUGAAGGAGAAAGUGGAAAUGGAGGUGGAAGUGAAGGUGAAAGAUUCUGCUCUUUCUUCUUUAAGCUGGAGUGACCUUGUCAACGAAGAUGAAAUAAUCACUGCGAUGAGCGUAAUUGUGAUUCCCAUUUCCAAAUAGUAUUUUGGGUGGUGACCUAACUUGUUGAAGCCUAGCUAGGUAAAUAGAUGGUCGACUAUUAGUAAAACUGUUAAGGUCAUCUGGGUGUGUUUAUUAUAUAUGGUUCUUACUGUUGGUAUGCUUAAUUAUUAGGUUAUAUGAAUAUGAUAUCUUAUUAGUUAAGAUUGCUUGUUAC